AUGAGGAUGUUAUGCAAGCCCAAGGUAAAUUUUUGUGUCAGCCAGACAGACAGACUGAGCACCGCACAUAUGUAUUCUGUUUGGCUGUGGUCAGUUGUCUACGGUAUUGACAGCGCUGCUAAUGAACAGUGGGAGAGUUUACGUACACAUCCCAUUUGGAGCAGGCGUGCUUGUGGAGCAGUUCUGUGUUUCCUAUGACUGUGCAGUCUGCAGGGGGGAUGUAGCUCAGUGGUAGAGCGCAUGCUUUGCAUGUAUGAGGUCCCGGGUUCAAUCCCCGGCAUCUCCACAUGUGUUGGGGCUCAGCCUUCAUACAAUUGAUUGCCCACGCAGGCAAGUAGCGACAACCAGAAAAAGAGAUGCAGAUGCAAAGAAGACAGUGGGUGUCUUGUUUCCUCAUGCCUGUCUGUCAUGCCUGGCUGACUGAAAUGGACUUCAAGCUGUUUGUCGUGCCUCAUACUCCUCCUCCUACCAAUACCUGAUUCUUUGAAGAAAAGGGAUUUUUGCUCAAACCAAACGUCCCCCUCGAGGGCCCAGACUUGGUGUAAAUGGAAAAUUGCACAUGGGAGGGGUUGUUGUGGCCGAGUGGUUAAGGCGAUGGACUAGAAAUCCAUUGGGGUCUCCCCGCGCAGGUUCGAAUCCUGCCAACAACGGUCAGUUUUUUCUGCCUUCGGGAGCGGUGAUGUAGGAAUGUUAGUCAAAGACAUGUUGGUAUUAGUUGUAGCAGGACACAGCAGCCACCGCAGAGCCUGCAUUUCUUCCCAGUGUGCCUUGCCCGACGCCUUGUCUCUGGUGGACUUGAGGGCUGGUUUUCAGGCGAUGGUGGUAUAGUGGUAAGCAUAGCUGCCUUCCAAGCAGUUGACCCGGGUUCGAUUCCCGGCCAUCGCAAUAGACUUCAAUGAAUAACUGGCCGGUCAGGAAGUCAGGCAUCUUUUCAACUUGGUGGUCGUGGUUUCGUUUUGUUGACGUCUAGAAUGGCGACUUUGGCAUCCCCUGCUUCUCUUUCAGAGUAAAAGACAUUCGGAUGCCAGGAUUACAUAGUGGCUCCCCAUAAUAAUGCAACACAAAAGUCUUUGUGGUGAAACGUGGCAUACUUCUGGGCUCUUGACUUUCCAUCUCCCUUGCUGUGCGAUCCUGCGGGACCUUAAACUCACAAUUUCCUUCACAAGGGGUGUCCCUGAGACCUUCUGUUUGGUUGGCAGACUCCAAGUGCGCACUGCUGUCAGUGGGGGAGGGGCAUUUAGCAGAGGGUGGGGGGUUGUCGUGGCCGAGUGUUCAAGGCGAUGGACUUGAAAUCCAUUGGGGUCUCCCCGCGCAGGUUCGAAUCCUGCCGGCAACGUUGUCUUUGUCUUGUGAACAUCAGACUGUCCAAGUUGGGUCGUGACAGGUUAAGUUGCUCAGAUAAGCCUUGUGUUGCUGAGGACUGCACAGCCAUUCACACCUCUCGCCGUGUGAACGGGAUGAGUCCGCUAGUUGGCCUUUCACCGACUCAAUUGAGGUAAAUUUUUGUGUCAGCCAGACAGACAGACUGAGCACAGCACAUAUGUAUUCUGUUUGGCUGUGGUCAGUUGUCUACGGUAUUGACAGCGCUGCUAAUGAACAGUGGGAGAGUUUACGUACACUUCCCAUUUGGAGCAGGCGUGCUUGUGGAGCAGUUCUGUGUUUCCUAUGACUGUGCAGUCUGCAGGGGGGAUGUAGCUCAGUGGUAGAGCGCAUGCUUUGCAUGUAUGAGGUCCCGGGUUCAAUCCCCGGCAUCUCCACAUGUGUUGGGGCUCAGCCUUCAUACAAUUGAGUGCCCACGCAGGCAAGUAGCGACAACCAGAAAAAGAGAUGCAGAUGCAAAGAAGACAGUGGGUGUCUUGUUUCCUCAGGACGCAUGUCUGUCAUGCCUGGCUGACUGAAAUGGACUUCAAGCUGUUUGUCGUGCCUCAUACUCCUCCUCCUACCAAUACCUGAUUCUUUGAAGAAAAGGGAUUUUUGCUCAAACCAAACGUCCCCCUCGAGGGCCCAGACUUGGUGUAAAUGGAAAAUUGCACAUGGGAGGGGUUGUUGUGGCCGAGUGGUUAAGGCGAUGGACUAGAAAUCCAUUGGGGUCUCCCCGCGCACGUUCGAAUCCUGCCAACAACGGUCAGUUUUUUCUGCCUUCGGGAGCGGUGAUGUAGGAAUGUUAGUCAAAGACAUGUUGGUAUUAGUUGUAGCAGGACACAGCAGCCACCGCAGAGCCUGCAUUUCUUCCCAGUGUGCCUUGCCCGACGCCUUGUCUCUGGUGGACUUGAGGGCUGGUUUUCAGGCGAUGGUGGUAUAGUGGUAAGCAUAGCUGCCUUCCAAGCAGUUGACCCGGGUUCGAUUCCCGGCCAUCGCAAUAGACUUCAAUGAAUAACUGGCCGGUCAGGAAGUCAGGCAUCUUUUCAACUUGGUGGUCGUGGUUUCGUUUUGUUGACGUCUAGAAUGGCGACUUUGGCAUCCCCUGCUUCUCUUUCAGAGUAAAAGACAUUCGGAUGCCAGGAUUACAUAGUGGCUCCCCAUAAUAAUGCAACACAAAAGUCUUUGUGGUGAAACGUGGCAUACUUCUUGGCUCUUGACUUUCCAUCUCCCUUGCUGUGCGAUCCUGCGGGACCUUAAACUCACAAUUUCCUUCACAAGGGGUGUCCCUGUGACCUUCUGUUUGGUUGGCAGACUCCAAGUGCGCACUGCUGUCAGUGGGGGAGGGGCAUUUAGCAGAGGGUGGGCGGUUGUCGUGGCCGAGUGGUCAAGGCGAUGGACUUGAAAUCCAUUGGGGUCUCCCCGCGCAGGUUCGAAUCCUGCCGGCAACGUUGUCUUUGUCUUGUGAACAUCAGACUGUCCAAGUUGGAUCGUGACAGGUUAAGUUGCUCAGAUAAGCCUUGUGUUGCUGAGGACUGCACAGCCAUUCACACCUCUCGCCGUGUGAACGGGAUGAGUCCGCUAGUUGGCCUUUCACCGACUCAAUUGAGGUAAAUUUUUGUGUCAGCCAGACAGACAGACUGAGCACAGCACAUAUGUAUUCUGUUUGGCUGUGGUCAAUUGUCUACGGUAUUGACAGCGCUGCUAAUGAACAGUGGGAGAGUUUACGUACACUUCCCAUUUGGAGCAGGCGUGCUUGUGGAGCAGUUCUGUGUUUCCUAUGACUGUGCAGUCUGCAGGGGGGAUGUAGCUCAGUGGUAGAGCGCAUGCUUUGCAUGUAUGAGGUCCCGGGUUCAAUCCCCGGCAUCUCCACAUGUGUUGGGGCUCAGCCUUCAUACAAUUGAGUGCCCACGCAGGCAAGUAGCGACAACCAGAAAAAGAGAUGCAGAUGCAAAGAAGACAGUGGGUGUCUUGUUUCCUCAGGACGCAUGUCUGUCAUGCCUGGCUGACUGAAAUGGACUUCAAGCUGUUUGUCGUGCCUCAUACUCCUCCUCCUACCAAUACCUGAUUCUUUGAAGAAAAGGGAUUUUUGCUCAAACCAAACGUCCCCCUCGAGGGCCCAGACUUGGUGUAAAUGGAAAAUUGCACAUGGGAGGGGUUGUUGUGGCCGAGUGGUUAAGGCGAUGGACUAGAAAUCCAUUGGGGUCUCCCCGCGCACGUUCGAAUCCUGCCAACAACGGUCAGUUUUUUCUGCCUUCGGGAGCGGUGAUGUAGGAAUGUUAGUCAAAGACAUGUUGGUAUUAGUUGUAGCAGGACACAGCAGCCACCGCAGAGCCUGCAUUUCUUCCCAGUGUGCCUUGCCCGACGCCUUGUCUCUGGUGGACUUGAGGGCUGGUUUUCAGGCGAUGGUGGUAUAGUGGUAAGCAUAGCUGCCUUCCAAGCAGUUGACCCGGGUUCGAUUCCCGGCCAUCGCAAUAGACUUCAAUGAAUAACUGGCCGGUCAGGAAGUCAGGCAUCUUUUCAACUUGGUGGUCGUGGUUUCGUUUUGUUGACGUCUAGAAUGGCGACUUUGGCAUCCCCUGCUUCUCUUUCAGAGUAAAAGACAUUCGGAUGCCAGGAUUACAUAGUGGCUCCCCAUAAUAAUGCAACACAAAAGUCUUUGUGGUGAAACGUGGCAUACUUCUGGGCUCUUGACUUUCCAUCUCCCUUGCUGUGCGAUCCUGCGGGACCUUAAACUCACAAUUUCCUUCACAAGGGGUGUCCCUGUGACCUUCUGUUUGGUUGGCAGACUCCAAGUGCGCACUGCUGUCAGUGGGGGAGGGGCAUUUAGCAGAGGGUGGGGGGUUGUCGUGGCCGAGUGGUCAAGGCGAUGGACUUGAAAUCCAUUGGGGUCUCCCCGCGCAGGUUCGAAUCCUGCCGGCAACGUUGUCUUUGUCUUGUGAACAUCAGACUGUCCAAGUUGGAUCGUGACAGGUUAAGUUGCUCAGAUAAGCCUUGUGUUGCUGAGGACUGCACAGCCAUUCACACCUCUCGCCGUGUGAACGGGAUGAGUCCGCUAGUUGGCCUUUCACCGACUCAAUUGAGGUAAAUUUUUGUGUCAGCCAGACAGACAGACUGAGCACAGCACAUAUGUAUUCUGUUUGGCUGUGGUCAAUUGUCUACGGUAUUGACAGCGCUGCUAAUGAACAGUGGGAGAGUUUACGUACACUUCCCAUUUGGAGCAGGCGUGCUUGUGGAGCAGUUCUGUGUUUCCUAUGACUGUGCAGUCUGCAGGGGGGAUGUAGCUCAGUGGUAGAGCGCAUGCUUUGCAUGUAUGAGGUCCCGGGUUCAAUCCCCGGCAUCUCCACAUGUGUUGGGGCUCAGCCUUCAUACAAUUGAGUGCCCACGCAGGCAAGUAGCGACAACCAGAAAAAGAGAUGCAGAUGCAAAGAAGACAGUGGGUGUCUUGUUUCCUCAGGACGCAUGUCUGUCAUGCCUGGCUGACUGAAAUGGACUUCAAGCUGUUUGUCGUGCCUCAUACUCCUCCUCCUACCAAUACCUGAUUCUUUGAAGAAAAGGGAUUUUUGCUCAAACCAAACGUCCCCCUCGAGGGCCCAGACUUGGUGUAAAUGGAAAAUUGCACAUGGGAGGGGUUGUUGUGGCCGAGUGGUUAAGGCGAUCGACUAGAAAUCCAUUGGGGUCUCCCCGCGCAGGUUCGAAUCCUGCCAACAACGGUCAGUUUUUUCUGCCUUCGGGAGCGGUGAUGUAGGAAUGUUAGUCAAAGACAUGUUGGUAUUAGUUGUAGCAGGACACAGCAGCCACCGCAGAGCCUGCAUUUCUUCCCAGUGUGCCUUGCCCGACGCCUUGUCUCUGGUGGACUUGAGGGCUGGUUUUCAGGCGAUGGUGGUAUAGUGGUAAGCAUAGCUGCCUUCCAAGCAGUUGACCCGGGUUCGAUUCCCGGCCAUCGCAAUAGACUUCAAUGAAUAACUGGCCGGUCAGGAAGUCAGGCAUCUUUUCAACUUGGUGGUCGUGGUUUCGUUUUGUUGACGUCUAGAAUGGCGACUUUGGCAUCCCCUGCUUCUCUUUCAGAGUAAAAGACAUUCGGAUGCCAGGAUUACAUAGUGGCUCCCCAUAAUAAUGCAACACAAAAGUCUUUGUGGUGAAACGUGGCAUACUUCUGGGCUCUUGACUUUCCAUCUCCCUUGCUGUGCGAUCCUGCGGGACCUUAAACUCACAAUUUCCUUCACAAGGGGUGUCCCUGUGACCUUCUGUUUGGUUGGCAGACUCCAAGUGCGCACUGCUGUCAGUGGGGGAGGGGCAUUUAGCAGAGGGUGGGGGGUUGUCGUGGCCGAGUGGUCAAGGCGAUGGACUUGAAAUCCAUUGGGGUCUCCCCGCGCAGGUUCGAAUCCUGCCGGCAACGUUGUCUUUGUCUUGUGAACAUCAGACUGUCCAAGUUGGAUCGUGACAGGUUAAGUUGCUCAGAUAAGCCUUGUGUUGCUGAGGACUGCACAGCCAUUCACACCUCUCGCCGUGUGAACGGGAUGAGUCCGCUAGUUGGCCUUUCACCGACUCAAUUGAGGUAAAUUUUUGUGUCAGCCAGACAGACAGACUGAGCACAGCACAUAUGUAUUCUGUUUGGCUGUGGUCAAUUGUCUACGGUAUUGACAGCGCUGCUAAUGAACAGUGGGAGAGUUUACGUACACUUCCCAUUUGGAGCAGGCGUGCUUGUGGAGCAGUUCUGUGUUUCCUAUGACUGUGCAGUCUGCAGGGGGGAUGUAGCUCAGUGGUAGAGCGCAUGCUUUGCAUGUAUGAGGUCCCGGGUUCAAUCCCCGGCAUCUCCACAUGUGUUGGGGCUCAGCCUUCAUACAAUUGAGUGCCCACGCAGGCAAGUAGCGACAACCAGAAAAAGAGGUGCAGAUGCAAAGAAGACAGUGUGUGUCUUGUUUCCUCAGGACGCAUGUCUGUCAUGCCUGGCUGACUGAAAUGGACUUCAAGCUGUUUGUCGUGCCUCAUACUCCUCCUCCUACCAAUACCUGAUUCUUUGAAGAAAAGGGAUUUUUGCUCAAACCAAACGUCCCCCUCGAGGGCCCAGACUUGGUGUAAAUGGAAAAUUGCACAUGGGAGGGGUUGUUGUGGCCGAGUGGUUAAGGCGAUGGACUAGAAAUCCAUUGGGGUCUCCCCGCGCAGGUUCGAAUCCUGCCAACAACGGUCAGUUUUUUCUGCCUUCGGGAGCGGUGAUGUAGGAAUGUUAGUCAAAGACAUGUUGGUAUUAGUUGUAGCAGGACACAGCAGCCACCGCAGAGCCUGCAUUUCUUCCCAGUGUGCCUUGCCCGACGCCUUGUCUCUGGUGGACUUGAGGGCUGGUUUUCAGGCGAUGGUGGUAUAGUGGUAAGCAUAGCUGCCUUCCAAGCAGUUGACCCGGGUUCGAUUCCCGGCCAUCGCAAUAGACUUCAAUGAAUAACUGGCCGGUCAGGAAGUCAGGCAUCUUUUCAACUUGGUGGUCGUGGUUUCGUUUUGUUGACGUCUAGAAUGGCGACUUUGGCAUCCCCUGCUUCUCUUUCAGAGUAAAAGACAUUCGGAUGCCAGGAUUACAUAGUGGCUCCCCAUAAUAAUGCAACACAAAAGUCUUUGUGGUGAAACGUGGCAUACUUCUGGGCUCUUGACUUUCCAUCUCCCUUGCUGUGCGAUCCUGCGGGACCUUAAACUCACAAUUUCCUUCACAAGGGGUGUCCCUGUGACCUUCUGUUUGGUUGGCAGACUCCAAGUGCGCACUGCUGUCAGUGGGGGAGGGGCAUUUAGCAGAGGGUGGGCGGUUGUCGUGGCCGAGUGGUCAAGGCGAUGGACUUGAAAUCCAUUGGGGUCUCCCCGCGCAGGUUCGAAUCCUGCCGGCAACGUUGUCUUUGUCUUGUGAACAUCAGACUGUCCAAGUUGGAUCGUGACAGGUUAAGUUGCUCAGAUAAGCCUUGUGUUGCUGAGGACUGCACAGCCAUUCACACCUCUCGCCGUGUGAACGGGAUGAGUCCGCUAGUUGGCCUUUCACCGACUCAAUUGAGGUAAAUUUUUGUGUCAGCCAGACAGACAGACUGAGCACAGCACAUAUGUAUUCUGUUUGGCUGUGGUCAAUUGUCUACAGUAUUGACAGCGCUGCUAAUGAACAGUGGGAGAGUUUACGUACACUUCCCAUUUGGAGCAGGCGUGCUUGUGGAGCAGUUCUGUGUUUCCUAUGACUGUGCAGUCUGCAGGGGGGAUGUAGCUCAGUGGUAGAGCGCAUGCUUUGCAUGUAUGAGGUCCCGGGUUCAAUCCCCGGCAUCUCCACAUGUGUUGGGGCUCAGCCUUCAUACAAUUGAGUGCCCACGCAGGCAAGUAGCGACAACCAGAAAAAGAGAUGCAGAUGCAAAGAAGACAGUGGGUGUCUUGUUUCCUCAGGACGCAUGUCUGUCAUGACUGGCUGACUGAAAUGGACUUCAAGCUGUUUGUCGUGCCUCAUACUCCUCCUCCUACCAAUACCUGAUUCUUUGAAGAAAAGGGAUUUUUGCUCAAACCAAACGUCCCCCUCGAGGGCCCAGACUUGGUGUAAAUGGAAAAUUGCACAUGGGAGGGGUUGUUGUGGCCGAGUGGUUAAGGCGAUGGACUAGAAAUCCAUUGGGGUCUCCCCGCGCAGGUUCGAAUCCUGCCAACAACGGUCAGUUUUUUCUGCCUUCGGGAGCGGUGAUGUAGGAAUGUUAGUCAAAGACAUGUUGGUAUUAGUUGUAGCAGGACACAGCAGCCACCGCAGAGCCUGCAUUUCUUCCCAGUGUGCCUUGCCCGACGCCUUGUCUCUGGUGGACUUGAGGGCUGGUUUUCAGGCGAUGGUGGUAUAGUGGUAAGCAUAGCUGCCUUCCAAGCAGUUGACCCGGGUUCGAUUCCCGGCCAUCGCAAUAGACUUCAAUGAAUAACUGGCCGGUCAGGAAGUCAGGCAUCUUUUCAACUUGGUGGUCGUGGUUUCGUUGUGUUGACGUCUAGAAUGGCGACUUUGGCAUCCCCUGCUUCUCUUUCAGAGUAAAAGACAUUCGGAUGCCAGGAUUACAUAGUGGCUCCCCAUAAUAAUGCAACACAAAAGUCUUUGUGGUGAAACGUGGCAUACUUCUGGGCUCUUGACUUUCCAUCUCCCUUGCUGUGCGAUCCUGCGGGACCUUAAACUCACAAUUUCCUUCACAAGGGGUGUCCCUGUGACCUUCUGUUUGGUUGGCAGACUCCAAGUGCGCACUGCUGUCAGUGGGGGAGGGGCAUUUAGCAGAGGGUGGGGGGUUGUCGUGGCCGAGUGGUCAAGGCGAUGGACUUGAAAUCCAUUGGGGUCUCCCCGCGCAGGUUCGAAUCCUGCCGGCAACGUUGUCUUUGUCUUGUGAACAUCAGACUGUCCAAGUUGGAUCGUGACAGGUUAAGUUGCUCAGAUAAGUCUUGUGUUGCUGAGGACUGCACAGCCAUUCACACCUCUCGCCGUGUGAACGGGAUGAGUCCGCUAGUUGGCCUUUCACCGACUCAAUUGAGGUAAAUUUUUGUGUCAGCCAGACAGACAGACUGAGCACAGCACAUAUGUAUUCUGUUUGGCUGUGGUCAAUUGUCUACGGUAUUGACAGCGCUGCUAAUGAACAGUGGGAGAGUUUACGUAUACAUCCCAUUUGGAGCAGGCGUGCUUGUGGAGCAGUUCUGUGUUUCCUAUGACUGUGCAGUCUGCAGGGGGGAUGUAGCUCAGUGGUAGAGCGCAUGCUUUGCAUGUAUGAGGUCCCGGGUUCAAUCCCCGGCAUCUCCACAUGUGUUGGGGCUCAGCCUUCAUACAAUUGAGUGCCCACGCAGGCAAGUAGCGACAACCAGAAAAAGAGAUGCAGAUGCAAAGAAGACAGUGGGUGUCUUGUUUCCUCAGGACGCAUGUCUGUCAUGCCUGGCUGACUGAAAUGGACUUCAAGCUGUUUGUCGUGCCUCAUACUCCUCCUCCUACCAAUACCUGAUUCUUUGAAGAAAAGGGAUUUUUGCUCAAACCAAACGUCCCCCUCGAGGGCCCAGACUUGGUGUAAAUGGAAAAUUGCACAUGGGAGUGGUUGUUGUGGCCGAGUGGUUAAGGCGAUGGACUAGAAAUCCAUUGGGGUCUCCCCGCGCAGGUUCGAAUCCUGCCAACAACGGUCAGUUUUUUCUGCCUUCGGGAGCGGUGAUGUAGGAAUGUUAGUCAAAGACAUGUUGGUAUUAGUUGUAGCAGGACACAGCAGCCACCGCAGAGCCUGCAUUUCUUCCCAGUGUGCCUUGCCCGACGCCUUGUCUCUGGUGGACUUGAGGGCUGGUUUUCAGGCGAUGGUGGUAUAGUGGUAAGCAUAGCUGCCUUCCAAGCAGUUGACCCGGGUUCGAUUCCCGGCCAUCGCAAUAGACUUCAAUGAAUAACUGUCCGGUCAGGAAGUCAGGCAUCUUUUCAACUUGGUGGUCGUGGUUUCGUUGUGUUGACGUCUAGAAUGGCGACUUUGGCAUCCCCUGCUUCUCUUUCAGAGUAAAAGACAUUCGGAUGCCAGGAUUACAUAGUGGCUCCCCAUAAUAAUGCAACACAAAAGUCUUUGUGGUGAAACGUGGCAUACUUCUGGGCUCUUGACUUUCCAUCUCCCUUGCUGUGCGAUCCUGCGGGACCUUAAACUCACAAUUUCCUUCACAAGGGGUGUCCCUGUGACCUUCUGUUUGGUUGGCAGACUCCAAGUGCGCACUGCUGUCAGUGGGGGAGGGGCAUUUAGCAGAGGGUGGGGGGUUGUCGUGGCCGAGUGGUCAAGGCGAUGGACUUGAAAUCCAUUGGGGUCUCCCCGCGCUUCGAAUCCUGCCGGCAACGUUGUCUUUGUCUUGUGAACAUCAGACUGUCCAAGUUGGAUCGUGACAGGUUAAGUUGCUCAGAUAAGUCUUGUGUUGCUGAGGACUGCACAGCCAUUCACACCUCUCGCCGUGUGAACGGGAUGAGUCCGCUAGUUGGCCUUUCACCGACUCAAUUGAGGUAAAUUUUUGUGUCAGCCAGACAGACAGACUGAGCACAGCACAUAUGUAUUCUGUUUGGCUGUGGUCAAUUGUCUACGGUAUUGACAGCGCUGCUAAUGAACAGUGGGAGAGUUUACGUAUACAUCCCAUUUGGAGCAGGCGUGCUUGUGGAGCAGUUCUGUGUUUCCUAUGACUGUGCAGUCUGCAGGGGGGAUGUAGCUCAGUGGUAGAGCGCAUGCUUUGCAUGUAUGAGGUCCCGGGUUCAAUCCCCGGCAUCUCCACAUGUGUUGGGGCUCAGCCUUCAUACAAUUGAGUGCCCACGCAGGCAAGUAGCGACAACCAGAAAAAGAGAUGCAGAUGCAAAGAAGACAGUGUGUGUCUUGUUUCCUCAGGACGCAUGUCUGUCAUGCCUGGCUGACUGAAAUGGACUUCAAGCUGUUUGUCGUGCCUCAGACUCCUCCUCCUACCAAUACCUGAUUCUUUGAAGAAAAGGGAUUUUUGCUCAAACCAAACGUCCCCCUCGAGGGCCCAGACUUGGUGUAAAUGGAAAAUUGCACAUGGGAGGGGUUGUUGUGGCCGAGUGGUUAAGGCGAUGGACUAGAAAUCCAUUGGGGUCUCCCCGCGCAGGUUCGAAUCCUGCCAACAACGGUCAGUUUUUUCUGCUUUCGGGAGCGGUGAUGUAGGAAUGUUAGUCAAAGACAUGUUGGUAUUAGUUGUAGCAGGACACAGCAGCCACCGCAGAGCCUGCAUUUCUUCCCAGUGCGCCCUGCCCGACGCCUUGUCUCUGGUGGACUUGAGGGCUGGUUUUCAGGCGAUGGUGGUAUAGUGGUAAGCAUAGCUGCCUUCCAAGCAGUUGACCCGGGUUCGAUUCCCGGCCAUCGCAAUAGACUUCAAUGAAUAACUGGCCGGUCAGGAAGUCAGGCAUCUUUUCAACUUGGUGGUCGUGGUUUCGUUUUGUUGACGUCUAGAAUGGCGAUUUUGGCAUCCCCUGCUUCUCUUUCAGAGUAAAAGACAUUCGGAUGCCAGGAUUACAUAGACGCUCCCCAUAAUAAUGCAACACAAAAGUCUUUGUGGUGAAACGUGGCAUACUUCUGGGCUCUUGACUUUCCAUCUCCCUUGCUGUGCGAUCCUGCGGGACCUUAAACUCACAAUUUCCUUCACAAGGGGUGUCCCUGUGACCUUCUGUUUGGUUGGCAGACUCCAAGUGCGCACUGCUGUCAGUGGGGGAGGGGCAUUUAGCAGAGGGUGGGGGGUUGUCGUGGCCGAGUGGUCAAGGCGAUGGACUUGAAAUCCAUUGGGGUCUCCCCGCGCAGGUUCGAAUCCUGCCGGCAACGUUGUCUUUGUCUUGUGAACAUCAGACUGUCCAAGUUGGAUCGUGACAGGUUAAGUUGCUCAGAUAAGCCUUGUGUUGCUGAGGACUGCACAGCCAUUCACACCUCUCGCCGUGUGAACGGGAUGAGUCCGCUAGUUGGCCUUUCACCGACUCAAUUGAGGUAAAUUUUUGUGUCAGCCAGACAGACAGACUGAGCACCGCACAUAUGUAUUCUGUUUGGCUGUGGUCAAUUGUCUACGGUAUUGACAGCGCUGCUAAUGAACAGUGGGAGAGUUUACGUAUACAUCCCAUUUGGAGCAGGCGUGCUUGUGGAGCAGUUCUGUGUUUCCUAUGACUGUGCAGUCUGCAGGGGGAUGUAGCUCAGUGGUAGAGCGCAUGCUUUGCAUGUAUGAGGUCCCGGGUUCAAUCCCCGACAUCUCCACAUGUGUUGGGGCUCAGCCUUCAUACAAUUGAGUGCCCACGCAGGCAAGUAGCGACAACCAGAAAAAGAGAUGCAGAUGCAAAGAAGACAGUGGGUGUCUUGUUUCCUCAGGACGCAUGUCUGUCAUGCCUGGCUGACUGAAAUGGACUUCAAGCUAUUUGUCGUGCCUCAGACUCCUCCUCCUACCAAUACCUGAUUCUUUGAAGAAAAGGGAUUUUUGCUCAAACCAAACGUCCCCCUCGAGGGCCCAGACUUGGUGUAAAUGGAAAAUUGCACAUGGGAGGGGUUGUUGUGGCCGAGUGGUUAAGGCGAUGGACUAGAAAUCCAUUGGGGUCUCCCCGCGCAGGUUCGAAUCCUGCCAACAACGGUCAGUUUUUUCUGCCUUCGGGAGCGGUGAUGUAGGAAUGUUAGUCAAAGACAUGUUGGUAUUAGUUGUAGCAGGACACAGCAGCCACCGCAGAGCCUGCAUUUCUUCCCAGUGUGCCCUGCCCGACGCCUUGUCUCUGGUGGACUUGAGGGCUGGUUUUCAGGCGAUGGUGGUAUAGUGGUAAGCAUAGCUGCCUUCCAAGCAGUUGACCCGGGUUCGAUUCCCGGCCAUCGCAAUAGACUUCAAUGAAUAACUGGCCGGUCAGGAAGUCAGGCAUCUUUUCAACUUGGUGGUCGUGGUUUCGUUUUGUUGACGUCUAGAAUGGCGACUUUGGCAUCCCCUGCUUCUCUUUCAGAGUAAAAGACAUUCGGAUGCCAGGAUUACAUAGUGGCUCCCCAUAAUAAUGCAACACAAAAGUCUUUGUGGUGAAACGUGGCAUACUUCUGGGCUCUUGACUUUCCAUCUCCCUUGCUGUGCGAUCCUGCGGGACCUUAAACUCACAAUUUCCUUCACAAGGGGUGUCCCUGUGACCUUCUGUUUGGUUGGCAGACUCCAAGUGCGCACUGCUGUCAGUGGGGGAGGGGCAUUUAGCAGAGGGUGGGGGGUUGUCGUGGCCGAGUGGUCAAGGCGAUGGACUUGAAAUCCAUUGGGGUCUCCCCGCGCAGGUUCGAAUCCUGCCGGCAACGUUGUCUUUGUCUUGUGAACAUCAGACUGUCCAAGUUGGAUCGUGACAGGUUAAGUUGCUCAGAUAAGCCUUGUGUUGCUGAGGACUGCACAGCCAUUCACACCUCUCGCCGUGUGAACGGGAUGAGUCCGCUAGUUGGCCUUUCACCGACUCAAUUGAGGUAAAUUUUUGUGUCAGCCAGACAGACAGACUGAGCACCGCACAUAUGUAUUCUGUUUGGCUGUGGUCAAUUGUCUACGGUAUUGACAGCGCUGCUAAUGAACAGUGGGAGAGUUUACGUAUACAUCCCAUUUGGAGCAGGCGUGCUUGUGGAGCAGUUCUGUGUUUCCUAUGACUGUGCAGUCUGCAGGGGGGAUGUAGCUCAGUGGUAGAGCGCAUGCUUUGCAUGUAUGAUGUCCCGGGUUCAAUCCCCGACAUCUCCACAUGUGUUGGGGCUCAGCCUUCAUACAAUUGAGUGCCCACGCAGGCAAGUAGCGACAACCAGAAAAAGAGAUGCAGAUGCAAAGAAGACAGUGGGUGUCUUGUUUCCUCAGGACGCAUGUCUGUCAUGCCUGGCUGACUGAAAUGGACUUCAAGCUAUUUGUCGUCCCUCAGACUCCUCCUCCUACCAAUACCUGAUUCUUUGAAGAAAAGGGAUUUUUGCUCAAACCAAACGUCCCCCUCGAGGGCCCAGACUUGGUGUAAAUGGAAAAUUGCACAUGGGAGGGGUUGUUGUGGCCGAGUGGUUAAGGCGAUGGACUAGAAAUCCAUUGGGGUCUCCCCGCGCAGGUUCGAAUCCUGCCAACAACGGUCAGUUUUUUCUGCCUUCGGGAGCGGUGAUGUAGGAAUGUUAGUCAAAGACAUGUUGGUAUUAGUUGUAGCAGGACACAGCAGCCACCGCAGAGCCUGCAUUUCUUCCCAGUGUGCCUUGCCCGACGCCUUGUCUCUGGUGGACUUGAGGGCUGGUUUUCAGGCGAUGGUGGUAUAGUGGUAAGCAUAGCUGCCUUCCAAGCAGUUGACCCGGGUUCGAUUCCCGGCCAUCGCAAUAGACUUCAAUGAAUAACUGGCCGGUCAGGAAGUCAGGCAUCUUUUCAACUUGGUGGUCGUGGUUUCGUUUUGUUGACGUCUAGAAUGGCGAUUUUGGCAUCCCCUGCUUCUCUUUCAGAGUGAAAGACAUUCGGAUGCCAGGAUUACAUAGUGGCUCCCCAUAAUAAUGCAACACAAAAGUCUUUGUGGUGAAACGUGGCAUACUUCUGGGCUCUUGACUUUCCAUCUCCCUUGCUGUGCGAUCCUGCGGGACCUUAAACUCACAAUUUCCUUCACAAGGGGUGUCCCUGUGACCUUCUGUUUGGUUGGCAGACUCCAAGUGCGCACUGCUGUCAGUGGGGGAGGGGCAUUUAGCAGAGGGUGGGGGGUUGUCGUGGCCGAGUGGUCAAGGCGAUGGACUUGAAAUCCAUUGGGGUCUCCCCGCGCAGGUUCGAAUCCUGCCGGCAACGUUGUCUUUGUCUUGUGAACAUCAGACUGUCCAAGUUGGAUCGUGACAGGUUAAGUUGCUCAGAUAAGCCUUGUGUUGCUGAGGACUGCACAGCCAUUCACACCUCUCGCCGUGUGAACGGGAUGAGUCCGCUAGUUGGCCUUUCACCGACUCAAUUGAGGUACAUUUUUGUGUCAGCCAGACAGACAGACUGAGCACCGCACAUAUGUAUUCUGUUUGGCUGUGGUAAAUUGUCUACGGUAUUGACAGCGCUGCUAAUGAACAGUGGGAGAGUUUACGUAUACAUCCCAUUUGGAGCAGGCGUGCUUGUGGAGCAGUUCUGUGUUUCCUAUGACUGUGCAGUCUGCAGGGGGGAUGUAGCUCAGUGUUAGAGCGCAUGCUUUGCAUGUAUGAGGUCCCGGGUUCAAUCCCCGGCAUCUCCACGUGUGUUGGGGCUCAGCCUUCAUACAAUUGAGUGCCCACGCAGGCAAGUAGCGACAACCAGAAAAAGAGAUGCAGAUGCAAAGAAGACAGUGGGUGUCUUGUUUCCUCAGGACGCAUGUCUGUCAUGCCUUGCUGACUGAAAUGGACUUCAAGCUAUUUGUCGUGCCUCAGACUCAGACUCCUCCUCCUACCAAUACCUGAUUCUUUGAAGAAAAGGGAUUUUUGCUCAAACCAAACGUCCCCCUCGAGGGCCCAGACUUGGUGUAAAUGGAAAUUUGCACAUGGGAGGGGUUGUUGUGGCCGAGUGGUUAAGGCGAUGGACUAGAAAUCCAUUGGGGUCUCCCCGCGCAGGUUCGAAUCCUGCCAACAACGGUCAGUUUUUUCUGCCUUCGGGAGCGGUGAUGUAGGAAUGUUAAUCAAAGACAUGUUGGUAUUAGUUGUAGCAGGACACAGCAGCCACCGCAGAGCCUGCAUUUCUUCCCAGUGUGCCUUGCCCGACGCCUUGUCUCUGGUGGACUUGAGGGCUGGUUUUCAGGCGAUGGUGGUAUAGUGGUAAGCAUAGCUGCCUUCCAAGCAGUUGACCCGGGUUCGAUUCCCGGCCAUCGCAAUAGACUUCAAUGAAUAACUGGCCGGUCAGGAAGUCAGGCAUCUUUUCAACUUGGUGGUCGAUGUUUCGUUUUGUUGACGUCUAGAAUGGCGAUUUUGGCAUCCCCUGCUUCUCUUUCAGAGUAAAAGACAUUCGGAUGCCAGGAUUACAUAGUGGCUCCCCAUAAUAAUGCAACACAAAAGUCUUUGUGGUACUUCUGGGCUCUUGACUUUCCAUCUCCCUUGCUGUGCGAUCCUGCGGGACCUUAAACUCACAAUUUCCUUCACAAGGGGUGUCCCUGUGACCUUCUGUUUGGUUGGCAGACUCCAAGUGCGCACUGCUGUCAGUGGGGGAGGGGCAUUUAGCAGAGGGUGGGGGGUUGUCGUGGCCGAGUGGUCAAGGCGAUGGACUUGAAAUCCAUUGGGGUCUCCCCGCGCAGGUUCGAAUCCUGCCGGCAACGUUGUCUUUGUCUUGUGAACAUCAGACUGUCCAAGUUGGAUCGUGACAGGUUAAGUUGCUCAGAUAAGCCUUGUGUUGCUGAGGACUGCACAGCCAUUCACACCUCUCGCCGUGUGAACGGGAUGAGUCCGCUAGUUGGCCUUUCACCGACUCAAUUGAGGUAAAUUUUUGUGUCAGCCAGACAGACAGACUGAGCACCGCACAUAUGUAUUCUGUUUGGCUGUGGUCAAUUGUCUACGGUAUUGACAGCGCUGCUAAUGAACAGUGGGAGAGUUUACGUAUACAUCCCAUUUGGAGCAGGCGUGCUUGUGGAGCAGUUCUGUGUUUCCUAUGACUGUGCAGUCUGCAGGGGGGAUGUAGCUCAGUGGUAGAGCGCAUGCUUUGCAUGUAUGAGGUCCCGGGUUCAAUCCCCGGCAUCUCCACAUGUGUUGGGGCUCAGCCUUCAUACAAUUGAGUGCCCACGCAGGCAAGUAGCGACAACCAGAAAAAGAGAUGCAGAUGCAAAGAAGACAGUGGGUGUCUUGUUUCCUCAGGACGCAUGUCUGUCAUGCCUGGCUGACUGAAAUGGACUUCAAGCUAUUUGUCGUGCCUCAGACUCCUCCUCCUACCAAUACCUGAUUCUUUGAAGAAAAGGGAUUUUUCCUCAAACCAAACGUCCCCCUCGAGGGCCCAGACUUGGUGUAAAUGGAAAAUUGCACAUGGGAGGGGUUGUUGUGGCCGACUGGUUAAGGCGAUGGACUAGAAAUCCAUUGGGGUCUCCCCGCGCACGUUCGAAUCCUGCCAACAACGGUCAGUUUUUUCUGCCUUCGGGAGCGGUGAUGUAGGAAUGUUAGUCAAAGACAUGUUGGUAUUAGUUGUAGCAGGACACAGCAGCCACCGCAGAGCCUGCAUUUCUUCCCAGUGUGCCCUGCCCGACGCCUUGUCUCUGGUGGACUUGAGGGCUGGUUUCCAGGCGAUGGUGGUAUAGUGGUAAGCAUAGCUGCCUUCCAAGCAGUUGACCCGGGUUCGAUUCCCGGCCAUCGCAAUAGACUUCAAUGAAUAACUGGCCGGUCAGGAAGUCAGGCAUCUUUUCAACUUGGUGGUCGUGGUUUCGUUUUGUUGACGUCUAGAAUGGCGACUUUGGCAUCCCCUGCUUCUCUUUCAGAGUAAAAGACAUUCGGUUGCCAGGAUUACAUAGUGGCUCCCCAUAAUAAUGCAACACAAAAGUCUUUGUGGUGAAACGUGGCAUACUUCUGGGCUCUUGACUUUCCAUCUCCCUUGCUGUGCGAUCCUGCGGGACCUUAAACUCACAAUUUCCUUCACAAGGGGUGUCCCUGUGACCUUCUGUUUGGUUGGCAGACUCCAAGUGCGCACUGCUGUCAGUGGGGGCGGGGCAUUUCGCAGAGGGUCGGGGGGUUGUCGUGGCCGAGUGGUCAAGGCGAUGGACUUGAAAUCCAUUGGGGUCUCCCCGCGCAGGUUCGAAUCCUGCCGGCAACGUUGUCUUUGUCUUGUGAACAUCAGACUGUCCAAGUUGGAUCGUGACAGGUUAAGUUGCUCAGAUAAGCCUUGUGUUGCUGAGGACUGCACAGCCAUUCACACCCUCUCGCCGUGUGAACGGGAUGAGUCCGCUAGUUGGCCUUUCACCGACUCAAUUGAGGUAAAUUUUUGUGUCAGCCAGACAGACAGACUGAGCACCGCACAUAUGUAUUCUGUUUGGCUGUGGUCAAUUGUCUACGGUAUUGACAGCGCUGCUAAUGAACAGUGGGAGAGUUUACGUAUACAUCCCAUUUGGAGCAGGCGUGCUUGUGGAGCAGUUCUGUGUUUCCUAUGACUGUGCAGUCUGCAGGGGGAUGUAGCUCAGUGGUAGAGCGCAUGCUUUGCAUGUAUGAGGUCCCGGGUUCAAUCCCCGACAUCUCCACAUGUGUUGGGGCUCAGCCUUCAUACAAUUGAGUGCCCACGCAGGCAAGUAGCGACAACCAGAAAAAGAGAUGCAGAUGCAAAGAAGACAGUGGGUGUCUUGUUUCCUCAGGACGCAUGUCUGUCAUGCCUGGCUGACUGAAAUGGACUUCAAGCUAUUUGUCGUGCCUCAGACUCCUCCUCCUACCAAUACCUGAUUCUUUGAAGAAAAGGGAUUUUUGCUCAAACCAAACGUCCCCCUCGAGGGCCCAGACUUGGUGUAAAUGGAAAAUUGCACAUGGGAGGGGUUGUUGUGGCCGAGUGGUUAAGGCGAUGGACUAGAAAUCCAUUGGGGUCUCCCCGCGCAGGUUCGAAUCCUGCCAACAACGGUCAGUUUUUUCUGCCUUCGGGAGCGGUGAUGUAGGAAUGUUAGUCAAAGACAUGUUGGUAUUAGUUGUAGCAGGACACAGCAGCCACCGCAGAGCCUGCAUUUCUUCCCAGUGUGCCCUGCCCGACGCCUUGUCUCUGGUGGACUUGAGGGCUGGUUUUCAGGCGAUGGUGGUAUAGUGGUAAGCAUAGCUGCCUUCCAAGCAGUUGACCCGGGUUCGAUUCCCGGCCAUCGCAAUAGACUUCAAUGAAUAACUGGCCGGUCAGGAAGUCAGGCAUCUUUUCAACUUGGUGGUCGUGGUUUCGUUUUGUUGACGUCUAGAAUGGCGACUUUGGCAUCCCCUGCUUCUCUUUCAGAGUAAAAGACAUUCGGAUGCCAGGAUUACAUAGUGGCUCCCCAUAAUAAUGCAACACAAAAGUCUUUGUGGUGAAACGUGGCAUACUUCUGGGCUCUUGACUUUCCAUCUCCCUUGCUGUGCGAUCCUGCGGGACCUUAAACUCACAAUUUCCUUCACAAGGGGUGUCCCUGUGACCUUCUGUUUGGUUGGCAGACUCCAAGUGCGCACUGCUGUCAGUGGGGGAGGGGCAUUUAGCAGAGGGUGGGGGGUUGUCGUGGCCGAGUGGUCAAGGCGAUGGACUUGAAAUCCAUUGGGGUCUCCCCGCGCAGGUUCGAAUCCUGCCGGCAACGUUGUCUUUGUCUUGUGAACAUCAGACUGUCCAAGUUGGAUCGUGACAGGUUAAGUUGCUCAGAUAAGCCUUGUGUUGCUGAGGACUGCACAGCCAUUCACACCUCUCGCCGUGUGAACGGGAUGAGUCCGCUAGUUGGCCUUUCACCGACUCAAUUGAGGUAAAUUUUUGUGUCAGCCAGACAGACAGACUGAGCACCGCACAUAUGUAUUCUGUUUGGCUGUGGUCAAUUGUCUACGGUAUUGACAGCGCUGCUAAUGAACAGUGGGAGAGUUUACGUACACUUCCCAUUUGGAGCAGGCGUGCUUGUGGAGCAGUUCUGUGUUUCCUAUGACUGUGCAGUCUGCAGGGGGGAUGUAGCUCAGUGGUAGAGCGCAUGCUUUGCAUGUAUGAGGUCCCGGGUUCAAUCCCCGGCAUCUCCACAUGUGUUGGGGCUCAGCCUUCAUACAAUUGAGUGCCCACGCAGGCAAGUAGCGACAACCAGAAAAAGAGAUGCAGAUGCAAAGAAGACAGUGGGUGUCUUGUUUCCUCAGGACGCAUGUCUGUCAUGCCUGGCUGACUGAAAUGGACUUCAAGCUAUUUGUCGUGCCUCAGACUCCUCCUCCUACCAAUACCUGAUUCUUUGAAGAAAAGGGAUUUUUGCUCAAACCAAACGCCCCCUCGAGGGCCCAGACUUGGUGUAAAUGGAAAAUUGCACAUGGGAGGGGUUGUUGUGGCCGAGUGGUUAAGGCGAUGGACUAGAAAUCCAUUGGGGUCUCCCCGCGCAGGUUCGAAUCCUGCCAACAACGGUCAGUUUUUUCUGCCUUCGGGAGCGGUGAUGUAGGAAUGUUAGUCAAAGACAUGUUGGUAUUAGUUGUAGCAGGACACAGCAGCCACCGCAGAGCCUGCAUUUCUUCCCAGUGUGCCCUGCCCGACGCCUUGUCUCUGGUGGACUUGAGGGCUGGUUUUCAGGCGAUGGUGGUAUAGUGGUAAGCAUAGCUGCCUUCCAAGCAGUUGACCCGGGUUCGAUUCCCGGCCAUCGCAAUAGACUUCAAUGAAUAACUGGCCGGUCAGGAAGUCAGGCAUCUUUUCAACUUGGUGGUCGUGGUUUCGUUUUGUUGACGUCUAGAAUGGCGACUUUGGCAUCCCCUGCUUCUCUUUCAGAGUAAAAGACAUUCGGAUGCCAGGAUUACAUAGUGGCUCCCCAUAAUAAUGCAACACAAAAGUCUUUGUGGUGAAACGUGGCAUACUUCUGGGCUCUUGACUUUCCAUCUCCCUUGCUGUGCGAUCCUGCGGGACCUUAAACUCACAAUUUCCUUCACAAGGGGUGUCCCUGUGACCUUCUGUUUGGUUGGCAGACUCCAAGUGCGCACUGCUGUCAGUGGGGGAGGGGCAUUUAGCAGAGGGUGGGGGGUUGUCGUGGCCGAGUGGUCAAGGCGAUGGACUUGAAAUCCAUUGGGGUCUCCCCGCGCAGGUUCGAAUCCUGCCGGCAACGUUGUCUUUGUCUUGUGAACAUCAGACUGUCCAAGUUGGAUCGUGACAGGUUAAGUUGCUCAGAUAAGCCUUGUGUUGCUGAGGACUGCACAGCCAUUCACACCUCUCGCCGUGUGAACGGGAUGAGUCCGCUCGUUGGCCUUUCACCGACUCAAUUGAGGUAAAUUUUUGUGUCAGCCAGACAGACAGACUGAGCACCGCACAUAUGUAUUCUGUUUGGCUGUGGUCAAUUGUCUACGGUAUUGACAGCGCUGCUAAUGAACAGUGGGAGAGUUUACGUACACAUCCCAUUUGGAGCAGGCGUGCUUGUGGAGCAGUUCUGUGUUUCCUAUGACUGUGCAGUCUGCAGGGGGGAUGUAGCUCAGUGGUAGAGCGCAUGCUUUGCAUGUAUGAGGUCCCGGGUUCAAUCCCCGGCAUCCCCACAUGUGUUGGGGCUCAGCCCCUCGAGGGCCCAGACUUGGUGUAAAUGGAAAAUUGCACAUGGGAGGGGUUGUUGUGGCCGUACCCGCCAGUGGCUGGACGGCAUGCAAGGUCCGAACACAUCCUAACGUUUUCCUAACAAGGUCCGAACUAGGUCCGACGACUUCAAAGGGUUUCAAGCGAGGUCCGAACUAAGCUCCGAACAAGACCGAACAGUGUCACGUGAUAUAGGAGGGGGUGGAAUUAUCUCUUUCAAACGACGGCCAUGUAUUUCCCCGCUAAGCAGCCACAUACGGAGCACCGCUGUUAAAGGUUGGAAAUUGUGUUAAAUGUUCACAAAAUCAAGGUCAUGUGUGGGACGAAUAUUAAACAGUGUGACAAAACAGUAUACGAUUUAACUUCCCGUCCCAUUGCCACUUAAUACAACUUAUAUUUUAACUUUCUCGUUAAGUAGCCAUUUUUGAACGGAGCUUCUGCCUGUAAUGGCAUUGCUGCACUUGCUAGCUCUGGGUGGUAAUGUUGCGGAUAUUGGUGGUAUGACAGAAGCACAAGACCAAUAGUAGCUUAUUUAUUUCUUUAUUGGCUGUAUAAACCCCGCCGAUCUUUCGGGGAAAGCCUUACGAUGUGAAAUAAUUGUACCAGGUUUCAUUGUCCGUCUGUAAAAUAAUAAUAUAUCGGCUAUAUUGACGUUUUCGCCACUCGGGUAAUGGAGCCUGGUUAUGUGUUUGAGCAGAGCAGACAGAAGUGCUCAGAUGUUUUAAAUAUGCUUAAUUGGGCACAACAACAAUGCAAAACAUGCUUUCAUACGUACAUACAUCAUGUAGCUACAUUAACCUAUUUUCUUUAAUGUUUGUAGAUGACUAAAACAGGAAAACCAGAUGCCUACUGGAGGGAUAUUUGUGCAAAAUAUGCCCAGGGCCAGUACCACUUUUCGACCGGCAAACGACCAGGGGCCAAGAAGUGGAAAAAGACCCUGGAGAAUAUAGAUGCGUGUCCCCAGGUGGUGUUGGAGGGUGACCCUAAACCCAGUCCCUUCGACACAAAGGUCAAUAACACUUUCUUCAACACCUUAUUCAAAAACACAGUAUUUCAAUUAAUUACAUCUGGUUACAUUUUGAUAAGAUAAAUGAAUAUGAAAUCCGCAUUGCUCACGUAACAAAAAAUAUAAAUCUUUUGCUUUGUGUUUUCUUUAUUCCCUUAUCCCUUUUCAGACCAGCCAAUGUGACUCGAGAGGCGUUGCGGGAUGGGAGGCAGUUGAUGCCCUAGCAGCCUACCUAGUUGACUUAAAUCGAACAACCACAGCCUUGUCAGUCAAGGAAGAGGCAGAAAUAGUCCACCUUUACACAGCUCUUCAUGCCAUGGACAAGGCACCUUCAAAGUACAAAUUAGUAAUUAAUUUAUACACCAUAAUUAAACAAACAUUCCAUGGAAUGAAUGAAGCACAUUGAUGCCUCUUUUUGUUGUUUAGGUACACCCAGAAGGUUAAGAAAAGAGGGCAUGCGUCAGGAGGACCGUGGAGAGCAUCCAGGAAGCCCAGUGGCUCUGCUCCUGGACAGCAGGCGGCAGAGAGGUGUUUAACUACAAUUUUCUUUCAGCUUUGUUCAAUACAAAUCAUUGAAUAAAAGAGAGCACAUUUUAUUACAAUCCCUGUUGACACUGUCACCUGGUUCUUCAUGACACUACAUCCUUGUUCACAGUCCAGAUCACAUCAUCUUUCUCUCCCACAGACUAUACAUGACUCACGGCCAAGCAGCCCAGGACCCUGAAUCACACAGGGUCAGUGAGUGUGUUUGCCUCAGACUUGCCAAAGAGUUUGUGCAAGCACGCAACAGGCCCAAGGACACAAAUGGAAAAAUCAUGCCAGUCCCUCAAUCCAUUGUCAGCGUCUAUGGCCACAUCAAACAGCUGCUGGAGGACAGCAGGGUUGUCCUGAACCAGACCAACUUGGCUCUGGUGCCAGUUAACAACACUACUGUCUCCUUAUGGUGUGUAUUAUUUCAUUUAACUUUCCCAUACUGUCAAGACAGUAUAUAAAGAUUUUACAGAAAUAAACACCUCCACCUGCAUUUAGGUAUAAGUAUAAAAUAGUGAAUGUUUGUCUUGUAGGCUACUUAGGAGGGAUAAAAGGAAGGACAGGGACAUGCUCCUGCAAGGGACUGUCCUCCCCAAACAGCUGCACCUGGCCAAGGAGUCUCUCCCUGCAGUGAACACACUUCCGGCUGCACCUGCACAACAUGCACAUGAAGUGAUGACAUUUGAGGAGCCACAAAACCGUGAGGGGGAAGCAUUCCCCCGUCAGCACACUGUUGUGGCAAACAGGCCUGUGUUUUGUCCACCGUUUCCACCUCCCCUGUUCCCUCCACAAUUCCAGCACCCUCCCCAAUUCUACCAUCAAGCUCUGCCGUUCCAGCCUGCUGUGCCUUUCCAGCCUGUUGGGCCUUUCCAGCCUGUUGUGCCACUCCAGCCUGCUGUGCCGCUCCAGCCAGCUGUGCCAUCGCAGGAAGCUCCUACGCCGCAGUUAGCAUGCCUUCUGCCUCAGCGAAGGCAACGUGACUGGAGACACCGUAAAGCUGCCCAGGAAGAUCAGGAGCGAGUGUCUCAAGGAGAACCACCAAAGAAAAGGCAGACAAAGGAAAUCUACCACUACACUUGCAAAGAGUGUG